CCCCAAUAGGAAAGAGCACGCGAGGCUGACUGAGCACUUGCAUCUAAGGUGAAACGCGAAGAAAUAUCUUUCAAGCUUCAGUGUGAAAAAAAGUCGACGUGACAAUGGUGUCGCUAUACCAUGCCCCAGGCGGAUCAUGAAGACUGUUUUGCUCAAGGUUAUUUCCAUUCUGUCUCUGCUAUGUGAAGGUGUGUCUGGAUAUGGAGGAUCACCUCGGCCAGGAGACGAAGGUUCAGUGUACUUUUCAAAUGGAAGUCAUAUCCUGAAUUUUACCACAGCCGGAGGCUACACGAGACUUGGCAUUUUACCACUAACUAAGAGAAACCAUACCCGUAUCGUUGGGCUGGCCGUGGAUGUGGAUGAUGGAGUCCUUUUCUGGUCGGAUAUCAGCGUGGAAAACAGAGGGAUCUAUACAACUUCUCUCACUGCAGUGGAUGAAAGGAAAAUUAUUGCAGACUGUGGGGAAGUCCAUGGACUGUCAGUUGACUGGCUGAGUAACCAACUCUACUGGACAGACACCACCAAGAAAGAGGUGCUGGUCUCAGACUACGAUGGGAAAUACACCAAGACCAUUGCUUUCUCUGGUAUGCUGUGGCCAAGGGGAAUAGUGGUGGACCCUAUCCACAGCACUAUCUACUGGGGUGAUCAGGGUCGUAGGACAAUUGAACAUGCACAACUGGAUGGUUCUAUGAGAGGGACUCUGGUCAGAAAGGGAAUAUAUUGGCCAAAUCAGCUGACCAUCAAUUAUGCAGAUAGUAAGUUAUACUGGGUAGAUGCUUGGAACAAGACCGUGUGGUCAUGUGACCUGGAUGGAAGCCACGCCCAAGUCCAGUAUGAUUUCCGCGACACUCUUCAAGCCAACCCUUUGUUUGGCAUAGCAGCUGAUGGAACAACCAUGUACUUCAGCACAUGGUACAAUGGUGCCAUCUUUUCUACAGACCUUGAUAAAAAGAACAAUUCCAUGAAAGUUGUCUUGGAGGGGAUGACAGGAGGGGAAAUGUUCAGCAUCGCAGUUGCCAGCUCAGCAGGCCAACCAAUGGCAUCUGUGAAUCUCUGUGACAACAAAGCAGACUGUAGCCAUUUCUGCUUCACCAGGAUGAGUCUGCAGGAUUAUGUGUGCAGGUGCCCUACAUAUGGUGGACUGGCACUGGCUUCAGAUAACAAGACAUGUACAGAGCCAACUGACUACCUGUUUUGGACCAAGAAAGACACAGGUCAGAUUGGAUAUCUCAAUCCAAGUAAACUGUACAGUGGUGACACCUAUCUUGUGGCACAGAGUAGCAGACCAGUAGCAGUGGCUUAUGAUCCUGUUGAUAAGAAAGUCUACUGGAGUGAUGUGAGGGAGAAAAGUGUGUACCGUGCUAACCUGAAUGGAACAUCUAAACAACUGUUUCUACCCCAUACGGCAGGGAUUGGAGUGGUUGAUGGUUUGGCAGUGGACUGGAGGCACAGGAGGCUUUACUUUACCAACAGGAGGCAGCCUACACAGGAAGGGAGGGUGGUCGACUCUGUUUGGCACAAAAUAGAAAUGGUCAGUCUGGACAGGACUGAACGCUGGACCAUGACAACACUGCCAGAGAAACCAAGGGGGCUGGUUGUUGAUGGAGAGAAAGGGUACCUGUACUACACAGACUGGGGAAAGCACCCAAAAGUAAUCAGAACUGAACUAGAUGGUGCAAACCCAGCAGUUUUACGGGACACCAACAUUAGCAACCCAAACAGCCUGAGUUUGUACCAGGGAAAACUUUACAUGGUGGACUCCAACUAUAACCGCAAGGCAAGGAGGCCAUAUGUGGCUGUGUAUGAUACAGAGACAGGGAUUUGGAAUGAUAUGGAGGGUCCUUUGGUGAAUGUCCAAGUCCCCCUGUCUAUAGCGUCCUUUGGUCAGCACAUUGUCCUGAGUGAGUGGACAGGUCAGCAGAAGGACAUGGGCAGACUGACCAUCUACAAUAUGGACAGUGGGGAGAGCCAGAACCUGUCUGUCUAUGGGAACCCUACUGGGCUGUUCUAUAGUACAGCCUUAGUCAGUCAUACAGAAAACAUCAGCUUAGUUUGCUCGGCCAGCAACUGUGAUGACAUCUGUAUCCCAACCCCACCAGAGAGUGGUACAGAGUGCCGCUGUCAGUGCAGUGACCUGACUGGCAAAGUGCUGUCAAAAAAUGGGAAGAGCUGUGUUGCACCUGAAAAUUUUGUCCUCUUUGCUGACCUAAACACCAUCAAGCUGAUCAACCUGGACAAUCCAAGUGAUAGGCAUAUCUAUACACUGGUUCAGGGCAGUUAUAAUGCCAACUUUGUGGCCAUGGUGUAUGAACAGAAAGAAAGGAGGAUAUUUUGGGCAGACUUGAAAAGUCCCAGGCUUCUGACUGUACCUCUAGAUUCUCCAGGUAAUGUCACCACCCUCCUGCACCUAAACUAUGCAGUAGACAGUAUGGUCAUUGUUGACCAGUUCAGGACACAAACUGACCAGUGGAGGAGUUCAACUGACCAGUCCAUACCUUUGGCCGACUCAUCUAGCAUGGUAUCUCACACAGAUAAAUGGUCUGGUAUGAUAAAUGACCAGUUCAUUGCAGUAACGGAUCAGUCCUCAAAGAUGACCAAUGGCUCUGUUGAGAUAAGCAAUCAGGCAAAUAAUCAGACUGAUCAGACUACUGAAAGGUCUAUUAAGACCACUGACUGGUCACGUAACACCACUGAUGGGUCUAGCAAGAUCUUUGAGUGGUCAAGCAAGACCUAUGAUGGGUCUGGUCAGAUCACAGAUAGGUCUGGUCAGCACACAGAUGGGUCAAGCCAGACCACUAUGCAAUAUAAUACAGACCAAACCAAGGCAGUUACUGUUAUGUCCAGAACUUCCACAGUCAAGCCAAGUAAAAGACCUGGACAUUCCCUGCUCUACUGGGUGGGCUAUAAUGCCACAGUGGGUCUAAUAGCAUGUGUAGAACUAAGUGACGAUGGUCAGUUGGUUCCAAGGAUACUGACCACUGGGCUAGUACUGCCUAGAGCUUUGGCUGUAGAUUGGCAAAAUGGUUUCAUCUACUGGACAGAAUAUGGCCUUCAUCCCAGCAUCAAAAGAGUGACCACUGAUGGUCAUAAUAUGCAAACAGUGGCCAGUGAUGGUUUAAGGUGGCCAAAUUCUGUUAUUGUCCACCCAGCCCCAGAUGUCAACUCUUCAUUUUUGCUUGUUGCUGAUGGAUAUUACAGGAGGAUAGAAAAAAUGAGAUUAGACGGGUCCCAACGGCAUGGGUUGAAAAUUACUGAAGAUCUGCCACAUAUCUAUGGUAUGGCACUUUACAGUGACAGAUUGCUUUUCUUUACUGACUGGACUGGAAGCAGGAUAGGCUAUGUUUUCAUGGAAACAGGGCAGGUUAUCACCAUGGCAACCAAUUUAUAUAGACCAACUGCAAUUGCCUUCCAAAUAUCCAGAAAAGAAGAAAAUAUUCUGUUUUCAUUGAUGGAUAAAACAAAGUCAGAGGUAGACACUACUUCCUCUGAAGGAAAUACAACAAAAGCCCAGGAAAGCACUACCUUUUCUUGGGUGAAUUCAACAAGUGCAGCAGAGAACACCACUGUCCAUGAAAUUAAUAUAACAGAAACAAUUAAUAUAGCAAAUGAAACUUUAUCUGUGAUAAAUGCAACCGACAGCUCUGAGAACACUACUUUAUCUUGGAUAAAUACUUCUAUAGCAGUGGAAGAAACAACACUUACUGCAUGGGAUAAUAAUACAACUGCUGUGACAGAGGAAUCCACCUAUUCUAGCAGUAAUACCACUGAGGUAUUGGGGGAUACCACUACCUCAGCUGAUUUGGAAGAUAGAUGUGACCCACCUACAAAACCUGUCACUGGAGGCCGUCUUGACUGUGAAAACAACUACUGCCAUCUGGUGUGCAAUGAGGAAACACACAGACUCAAUCCUCAGUUUACAAAGCUGGCUGUGCCUGGUGCUCUCUGUAGAAAUGGAACAUGGGACAAUUUGCCCAUGUUUUACUCUGAACAGUCUUGUUUAGAAAUAAGGAAGAACUACAGAGUUUUGGCAGAAUAUAGGAUGUCUCUAAAAGGAAGAUGUAUUUCUGACCAAACAGAACUCUUGGCCAAAAUGAAAGACAUAAUACUUCAAAAAAUGAAAUCAAGAGGAAUAUGCUCUUCACUGAAAUCAGGAGAGACACCGUGUAAACCCCAACUGAAGUUGAAUCUUAACUGUCACAGAAAACAAAAGAGUAAAAAGAAAUUAUUGGAAGUAGUUUCCUCUUCAACUCAAAAGAAGAGACGCUCAUAUGCAGAAGUCACAAGCACACAUUCCAACUUGAAUAAAUAUAAUUCAUCAGACAAAAGCCAAAGGUCAGUUUUAAGACCAAAAUCAACUAUGAUGUCUAGGAGAAAAAAUAGUCACAACCCAGUUGAACAAAACUCUUUAUCUCCAUUAAUUAGUCCAUCCAGGUUACAAAUCCACAGCAGAAUGAUGUGGCGUAGAAGCAUUGCCAGAGAUGAAGCUGCUGCUACACUAAAUCAGAACAGAGUAAAAGAAGCAGGUGAUUUGAACACUGAGAGAACAAUGUACUUUGUCUCUUCAAGUAAAAGUAUUAAAGAGGAGGCAGGGGAGUCUAAUGGAGAUGUAGCACCAUUUAGAAAACUUUCUACCAGAAGUCUCAGGGAGGUGGCAUACAAUACACAGAGUGAGGAUGCUGAUAUCAUGGAGCUGUUUUUGACUUUGCAAAUUGAUGCUAGUGGCUCUCCAAAUGAAGACAACAUCACCGAUGCCAUCCAAGCAGCAGCAGCCAGUCUACAAGACUUGGUCAACUCUGGUCGUGACCUGAGAGUGGACAGUGGUCAGUACGAGAGCAUUCCAGGAAGUCUGAAGAUCAUUAGUCACAGGUGGACAUGUCCUGAGGGACAGAUAAAAGUGGAGGAAGUGUGUGUGGCCUGUCCCAGAGGUAGCUUCCACAACAAUUCCUCACCAGAUGGCGCCAGUGAGUGUAGCGUGUGUGGACCAGGGACAUACCAGGACUUACAGGCCCAGACUACCUGUAAACUUUGUCCAGAUGGCACUGUGUCACUGGCUGGCAGUACACAUGUACACCAAUGUUCUCAAGUAUCAGGGUCAGGGGACACUGCAGGCACACCACCAGUGUGGAACCUGCUCACUGUGGUCAUAAUAGCCAGUGGUGUAGCUGCUGUAACAUUUGCCAUGUUGACAUGCAUCAUCUGCAUCACACAUCGCAGGGAUCGUAAAGUCAUCAUCACCAGUCUCAAAGAUGGCGCCUCAGUGUGCACUAAGUCCACCAGUGACUUGAGCGAUUAUGGAGAGACAUAUGAUCUUCGGGAAAUGCGGCUAUAUAGGAAUAGGAUGACCAAUUCUCAACCAGAUCUACUUCCCAUGGAGUUAAUAUGCGCCUGGAAUCCACAUGAUAUUCCUGGAACCAGUACGACUAGUAUCCCUCGCAGCAGUACUGCUCCAGAACGGUCGCCAGGUGGCACUGAUUACAACCCAAGCCUGUCCCACAGGGAAAUGUGGGAACAGCCAGUGGGGGUUCACAGAGGGGGGAGACGCCUCAGGACUUUUAGGCCCAAGAGCGGGGACCUAUCUGUGACAUUUAAUGAUGAAAAAAAGAGUUCAUUUUGAUGGCAGAGGAACUAG